AUGGUCAAAAUUUGGGGUAUGACACAAGGUGUUAGUAGGAGACCAAAGGAAAAUCCUGGCAAUGUAGAUGCUGUGGAUGAAAAUGCUGGUAAUGUAGAUGCUGUGGAUGAAAAUGCUGGGAAUACUCCUAAUGAAGUGCCAGAAAAUGCUCCUAACUUUGUGCCUGGAAAUGCUCCUAAUGAAUUGCCAGAAAAUGUUGUGCCAGCAAUUGAUCCUAAUGAAGUGCCUGCAAAUGUUGUGCCAGAAAAUGCUCCUUACUUUGUGCAACAUAAUGUUGUUGCACAUGCUGGACAGAGUCUUGCACCAAGGAGGUAUGGCCUUAGAGGACCGGUUCCUUCAGCUAAUAGGCCAAAGAAUACACCAAUGAGGGGUCCUGCACCAGCUCAUCCAACUCCUGCUGGCAUGAUUAGGGUUCCAUAUCCAACCUAUGGUCCACCCGGUUCGACUCAACCUCAAUUCAUGGAGUUUAUACCAACUCCCGGAUUUCCCAAGAAGUGAUGCUUCCUGAAGUUUAAUAGAUGUUUUGGAUUUGUAAUAUGUAGGCUUAUUUGAAUUAUGCCCCAUAGUUGGUUUUUUUUUUGCUUAACUUGCCAUUUAAGUCUUAUGACUUGUUAAUGCCCCAAAAUUGGGUUGCUUUUGCUUAUGUAAUUUCUCAGAAUUAUGACUUAUUACCUAUGACU